AUGUUGCCUCAAAACAAGGACCAAGUGCUGCUACAGAACACAGCAGCCCCUGGGUGUCCCCUUCCGGGACCCUCACAACUUGUGGACUCCCUUCCCCAGAACCUCCAGCCUUUGCCUCCCCAGAAAUCACUCCCUCCCUCCCACCCACCUUGCUCCCCUCCUCCACAGUCCCACUCUCCUGGCUCCCAUUUCUACUCUUCUGACUCAAAUUCUGACUUUGUCCUACAUCCCUACUCUUCCUCUCUCCCAAGUUCCUCCACUUUCUUUCCUCAGAAUUACCUGUCCGUCUCUCUUCCAGGUUCCUCCUCUCCCUCCUACCGGCUAUACCCCUCUCCUCCCCCUACUCACUCUAAUCCUUCUCAAUCACAGAACUCCCCUCUCCCACACUGCCAGUCUCCUUCUCACUCUGAAGACCUGCCUAGCUCCACUCUCCCUUCCCAGAACCCCAGCCUACCUUCUCCUGGGGUCCACUCUAAUAGGCAGACAUGGCACUGGCAUCAGUACCAGGAAACCAAGUCUCCUGGGGUGGUGGGGGAAUGCGUGGCAAGCGAGAGGGACCCUGCAGAGUUCAGGCACCCAGGAGCCCUGGCCCAGGCCCUGGUGGUUCACUUGGGGCACCGCCGCAUCGCGCACGACCUUCGGUUACUGCUUUUGCAGAGCCUGUGGCUAGGCAGAGCCGACAAGCCUCCAGUGGUGGAGUAUCCUAUAUGCCUGGUGUGUCUCCGGCCCCGAAGUCCCUCUUGCCCCAUCCCCAGGUACAGGACUGGACCCCGGCUGCUUGCCUUUCCCCAACUGCUGCCCUGUGCACAAGGCCAGGAAUCCAGACCACUCCGCAUAGGCAUUGGCUUUGGCCUCCGCCUGCCUCGUGGUCAGGCCAGAGCUUUGCAUUUGUUGCCAGAAAGAAAGCAGGAGGAAGCAGGACCUCAGGGCGAGGCCACUCAGGCCCGUGGGUAUCAAACCCAGGCAUCUCAGGCCCCAGCAGCUCAAGCCCCAGCAGCUCAGGCCAGGGCACAUUCAGCCUCAGGCAAACCCUCCCAGACCGGGAGCCUCAGUUCUGCAGGCCCUCAAUCACCAAACCCCACUCCGUGUUCAGGGCCUCCACUUCCAGCACCCAAACAGGCCGCUGUCUCCCUGAAGCCCAGUCUUUCCUCUGCUCCAGAAGGGCCUGCCUCUCCAGAGCCUGUUCUCCAAACGUCUCCACCCUUGUUCCAGAACCAUGGAGGCUCACUGGAGUACCUCCUCCAAACUCUACUGUCCCCAUCAGACCCCAGAUCUCAGAAAGCCCCCGAGACACCCUGA